GCACGAACGAGACAAGAAGUCGAUGGAAACUCCGAGACCAACCCACAUGACAUUUUUACCCCUUACACUUUCCCCAAUUUACACCAAGUCCCUCCCUUCCUUCAUAAGAAUGCGCUUCCUCCUUCCCUCAUUGCCUAUCAGACCAUGCAGCGUGCGACGGCGGUCAAUGACCAACCACGGCGGAGCUCCGGCCCGGCGGCGGCGGAUGGAGAGAAGGUCUUCAGGGGGGACGAGGAGUUCAGUUACGCCUCAUCGAACUAUUUGAAGACGAUUUUUGCCCUGGCGCUGUGGCUCGGAACCUUUCAUCUCAACGCAGGGUUGAUUCUCCUCACGCUUCUCGUCCUCUCUCUCAGCCAAGCACUCUUGCUUAUAGGUUUGCUUCUCGUGUUGAUGCUGAUUCCUAUUGAUGAAAAUAGCAAAUUCGGUCGAAAAUUAUCCAGGUACAUAUGCAAGCACGUUUGCAGUUACUUUCCCGUCAUUCUUCAUGUGGAAGAUAUGAAGGCCUUUCAUCCCAAUCGUGCUUAUGGUUUGCCCCUUACUCUUCACUCAAGUUUGACUUCUGAAUAUUUUUCUUAGAUGAAAGUGCAUCUUUGUUCUCACUUGCAAUUUUGUUGCCUUCUAAUGGAGAUUGUUUACCAGUGAUAGUGAUACUGACACUACCAAAAUAAUAUAUGUAGUGGACAAACUUCACCUUACCAGCCAACUUUUGAGAUUGAGUUACGUCCUAGUUCUGUAAUCAUAUCACUCAUAGUGUUCUAUUAUAAGUGGGGAACAACCUUUUUACUUAUAUAUGCAGACACACACAUAUUUAUGUAUAGUUUUUUUUUUGUCUAAAAUUGGUUAGAUAUUUGACACAGAUUCUUUUUUUUGGGUAAGUUUGUUCUGUGGUUUUUAUACAAUGAAAAAGGGUGAUUGGAAAAGUGAAGGAUUGAUUUAAGAACGUUGAGACAGGAGAUUGGCUUACCCUUUGCUUGGUUGCUUCAUUCAUAAUGGUAGGCGACCAUUGCCGGAAAAGGGUAACUUAUAACCUAAAAUGGUUGUAUGAGAUCGUUCUAGAUAGGGUGGUAGUAUUGGAAGUCUUAAGUGCUCGCUAACUGUUUUUGCGUUUUAAUUUCUUGAGGGGUUCUGGCAACAGGCUGUUACGCAGUGUUAAAUUAAAUAAAAACUUAUUAUUGAUACUCAAUACAUCUUACUAAACGUUUCUAAUUGCUCAAAACAACAUGUAUUGAAGUGUUUUUUAUUUUUUACUUUUGGGACUCUAAUAUUUGUUUUUUCAAUUAAAACUUUGUAGUUGCAUAUACUCAAUCAAUGUUAUCUUCACAACUAGUUAUCGUGUUAGUGUUUGAGUAUCCUAAUUUGCAAACUCAAUGUGUAGACAAAUAUGAAUAUGAUUAAUUAAGGUUUGACAUAAAUAAUAUGUUUUAAUUUAGAAAUUGCAAUUAGAAGUAUCUACUUUCAGUGUCGCCGAUACCCUUGCUGGUAUGAGAGCUCAUCAGAAGAUGGCUGAGUUUUUUAUUCCACCACCUGAAGGCUUUUGAUUCUUGCUUAGGGGAUCAAGCUUCUUAUAGCUAGCUUUGUUGCUUUCUA